AAUCUCUAAUCCACAGCAUAAUAUUUUCCUCAGUAUUUAACAUGUUUGCGCAGCUUCUUGUUACUCUGUUGACUGAGUUUUGCAGAGUGGAGUUUUCUUUCUUCGCACGUCCAUGUGGAUAAAAAAAAAAAAAAAAGCUACCGUUACUGACGUCGCUCUACUCACUCACCGUGCGUCGUUACGCACUUCCUGUUCGCUACGAAGUUCCCCCUCUGCUCCACCAUCGAGCCCUGACGGCGAUGUUUUGGUGAAAACAAAAUAGUGCCUCGAAAAGGAACGUAAACACGUCUAAAACAUGACAUGUCGGUGGAGUGGCACCUAGAGCGUCGCUGCGGAUAAAACGACCGUCGUCUUCGACGAAAUUUUUUUUUUUUUUUUUUUUGCGGUCAGUCCUUGUGUGUUCCUCCGCAUGUCCGCUUUCCUCGUAGAUGGUCUGCGGCGAGCGUUGUCUUACGGCGGAUGUCAAGCUGUUGACGAGUAACAUGAAGGAGAUGAUCGGCGGUUGCUGUGUGUGCUCGGACGAACGCGGCUGGGCGGAAAACCCGCUGGUUUACUGCGACGGCCACGGCUGCAACGUCGCUGUGCACCAAGCCUGCUAUGGAAUUGUUCAGGUGCCGACUGGUCCGUGGUUCUGCAGAAAGUGUGAAUCCCAGGAGAGAGCGGCCCGUGUGAGAUGUGAGCUCUGUCCCCACAAAGAUGGAGCCCUCAAGAGGACGGACAACGGAGGCUGGGCCCACGUGGUUUGUGCCCUGUACAUCCCUGAAGUGGAGUUCGCCAACGUUUCCACCAUGGAGCCAAUAGUUCUACAGUCUGUCCCCCAUGAACGCUACAACAAGACAUGUUACAUCUGCGAAGAGCAGGGCAGAGAGAGUAAAGCCGCCACCGGAGCCUGCAUGACCUGCAACAAGCACGGCUGCAGACAGGCCUUCCAUGUCACAUGUGCCCAGUUUGCAGGACUGUUAUGUGAAGAACAAGGCUCUGAUGCAGAUAACGUCAAGUAUUGUGGAUACUGCAAAUACCACCACAGCAAACUGAAACACAAGGAGCGAGACAGACACAAACCAAAACACAAGAAAGGCUCCAUGGACAUGUCGCCCUCUCUCGUUCUUCCAAACAUCAUGGUCCCCGAAAAGGCCUAUAACAGCACCGCCUCUGGUGGAGGAGUAACCUCGCUGCCCGCGUCCUCUCAGAAGCGACUGGACGACAACACGGGCCGCUUCACCAACGCCAACUUCCAGGAAGUGUCGUCCGCACUCUCCGGGGGAGCCUCCAAAGAUGGCUUGGCCGCAGACACGAUCAAGGCGGCGGCCGAGGGCAAGAACAAGAAGAACAGCGGCGGCGCUCACACGGUCGGACAGAGAGGCGGCCGCAAGUCUCUCACCUCGUCAGGGAAACCGUUGCCCUCAGCGGUGGUCACCAUGGCUACCUCUUCCACAUCUGCCUCCGCUUCCACAGGGCCUUUCCAUCAAGGCCUGCUGUUGACCAGUUCCAGCAAGACUCCCGCUGCCCCUUCCUCCUCAGACUUCCUAAGUUUCACCGACCCGUCGCUGCGUCCCGGCAGUGGGACGUCGUUUUCCUCGCCGCCGUCUUUCAGCAGCUGCCUGGUCAAGUCGAGCUCUGAGGGCGGUGCGUCGGAGGGAACCACCCCUCUCUUUGGUUCUCUCAUGUCCGCGACUACGACUUCUGCAGCAGUCGGCGGAAAACUGUACGAGAACUCCCACAGUCACGCAGCGAGCGAAACGACGAGCCUCGCCGGAUCGACGGGCUACAAGCGCUCUCAGCCCGCCGGCAGCGGCCUGGGGAUGGGCGCCGGCGUCGCAGUCGGUGGCGAAGAAGGCGUCAAGAAGAAGAAGAAGGGCAACUGGCGAAACCGAUUCGGACCCUGUUUCACCACGGACGCGAAGCCCACCGAGGCAGCGCCGUCUCUGACGCUCCCCACCUCUUCCUCUGCCGCCAGUGCCACCUCCUCCUCGUCCUCCACUGCCUCCACCGCCUCUUCAGUAUCCUCGACACUCUCGGGCCGACCGGGCUUGGUUUCCAGCAGCGGAUUAGGAGUAGGAAUAGGAGGAGAAAGGGGGCUUGGGGUCAUGGGCGUCGGCGGCGGCAUUCAGAAAUCCCCGUCGCUCCUCAGGAACGGGGGUCUGCAAAGCAACAGCGGCUCCACAACCGCUGGCUCAGGUGUCUUCUCCGUCGCCGACGGGUCAUCGUCGGGGACAGCAGCCGUCGCCAUGGGCGGGGCGAGCGCCGAGUUGUCACAGCAACAGCAGCCCACACCUUCCCUGGCGCCUCCCUCCCCAUUCACCGCCGCGGCUCCACUCAACAGCACAACCUCCGCACACGCUCUGCCGGGCUCCGUCUUCAACUUGGCCCCCCCCCACAUGUUCGGCAACAGGCUGAACCCCAACUCCAGCAUGGCGGCUCUCAUCGCUCAGUCCGAGGCCUCACCAGCAGAUCAGGAGGUGGGAGACGGCAGCAGCGGAUCUCAGGGCUUCUCCAUAAGAGCUUCUCCUAAGACCACCCCGCGCUCUCCCAUUGGCGGCCUGCAGAUCCGCUAUGACUCCUCGGGGUCGUUGCCUGGGCCAGGGCUGGGGUUGCUAGGGGCCGGUGGCGUCGGCGGCGGGGAGACGCUGCCCCCGGUGGCCACCAGCAUCGAGCAGCUCCUGGAGAGGCAGUGGAACGAAGGGCAGAGCUUCCUGCUGCAGCAGGGAGCGCAAGGAGACGUGGUGGCCAUGUUGAAGUCUCUCCACCAGCUGCAGGAGGAGAACAGGAGACUGGAGGAGCAAAUUAAAACCCUGACCAUGAAGAAAGAGAGACUCCAGCUUCUCAGCGCACAGUUAUCAGUGCCUUUCACCCCGAGCACAGUUUCUUCGGGUGACGUGAAGGGGUCCCACCUCGGAGCCACAGACUCUUCUUUACCAAUGACAGCUCAGGACACCGCGUCGUGUGGCGGUCACAGCAGCAGCGGCUCCACCUCCUCGCUCUCCGCCUCGCCCUCCGUCUCCCAGAGCCCGCCUCAGCCGGCGCUGAACGGCAUGGCCGCCACGGCCGCGCUGGGCGGCGUCGCCGGGCUGAUGGGCGCUCUGGGCGCGGGAAACGCGUUGGGAAUCGGCGGGAUCGUCGGAGCGCUGAACGGUGUGAUCCAGGCGCCGGCGGUGGGCCCCGGCAGCCCCCACACUACAGGAACAACGGCAGGCGUCUCGCUCCCCGUCAACAGCAGCAGCUCAACAGGUAGUAAGAGCAGCGCCGCCCGGCUCGGCCUGCUGUCCGAACAGCAGCGUCUCCUCCAGCAUCAGCUCCAGCAGCUGCUGUCCUCCCAGUCGUCAGCGGACCAGCAGCAGCAGGCGCUGCUCCUGCAGCUGAUCCAGCAGCAGCAUCAGGACCUGCAGCAGCUGCAGUCCCUCUCCUCCACGGCCCAGAUGCCCUCCAUGCCGCUGUCUGGCGCUCAGCUGCCCAUCGCCAACCUGCAGAGCCAGGGCGCCAUCGCCGCCAACCCCUUUCUCGCGCUGCAGCACACACACACCGACACACACGGCUCGGGGCCGGGAAAGCCCCGGGUCGCAGAAAAAGCCGUGGGCAUCACUGGCCAAGAGAAGACAUGACACUUUUUUUGUUUGUUUGUUUUUGAUUGAUUUUACUUCAUUUUUUUAUUAUUACUCUCUUUAUUAAAUAUGCACAGUUGUAAGAUAAACUUUUUGGUCAGAGUCCAUCAGCUGAACAGAAGAGCAAACGUUAAAGUGUUACCAUUUGUUUCAUGGAGUUCCUUCCCUCACUCAAACUGGGCCGGCUCACUUCGGUUCUGCAGCUUUUUCUGGUUUAAAACUUGACCCUGAAUUCUGUUUAUGUGUGUGUAUGUGUGUGCUUGCGCUAUUUAUUUCCGUCUAACUUAUAGUUGUGUUCUUUUUAACUGUUUCUUUGUUCUUAAUGUCUUUAGUUGGGUUUUAAUUUAAUAUUCCUAGUCGCUUCUCUAUAAGUUAGUUUGACCAUGUAGCAUCCAUGUUUUUCUUUUUCCUCAUGUUUUGUUUGGCUUGAAUCAUCUAAAAGGUCAGUUUCCAAGAAAGUUUAAAGCUAAUUGUUUCUGUCAUAAUUCGGACUCUUGUUUCCUCU